AUGAGUCAUCUUCCAGGAGUAUUGUUCUUCUGGAAAGAUCCGGAAAGACCAAUUGAUAUGAUACUUCUCCAGUCAGAUCAGUCCAAGAGUUUUGGUAAAGAAGAGCAUUUAUGCUAUUGGGAGAUCCGUUUGACUGGAAUAGCUGAGGAUAUUAUUUUAUCCUUCAGUCUUACUCUCAGAUUCAGCAGUAAUCAAUACUCAUUCACAACAUGGCCUAAGCGACAACUCGAUCAUGUAUUAAUUACUAAGGUUGACAAAAAGCAAAUUGACUACCUAAAAUUAAAUCUCCUGAUAGACAAAAGUCUGCAAGAGAACCAAGUGACAAUUUUGGGCCGCAGUUAA